AUGUUAUCCCACAGCGGCGAUUAUGAGCUCGUGGUUCGCCAACAACCAAACGAAGCCCUCGUGACUCAGACGGGCAAAGAGAAAAUAGACCCUCCACCGAUUAUCGAGUUGAGGGUGACAUCGAGCGCGGAUCCCGGAAAGUACGUAUAUUCUGACAUGACGCAUUCGUGCAGGACUGAUACCUUUGCGCAGGNNCAGUUCUUACAAAGCCCCUACCUGUUUAUGCAAUGCACUCUUCAGGUGGAACAGCAAUCUAACUCGAGCGAUAACUCUUCUCCUGCAGUCCCUGCUGGUCAAGAGAUCACUGGCCAAAGCGUCUCAUCCUUGCAUAGACUAAAAGACAUUAACAAUGAAGAUGGCGGAUUCUUCGUGUUUGGAGACAUCUCGAUCCGCGUGCUGGGAAGGCACAAGCUCAACUUCAGCCUGUUCGAGCUCAGGAAGGACACUGGAGAAGUGGUGUUCCUCAAAUCCAUCACGUCCGAGCCCUUUGACGUGGUGCAGCAAAAGCAGUGGCGCGGCCUUGUUGAGUCUACUCAUCUUUCCAGAACCUUUUCAGACCAGGGCGUGCGACUACGCCUGCGCAAAGAGAACCGCAAUGUAGCAGGCACUCAAGCAGGGCCCUCGAUGUUUGGGUACGACGAUGACCCGAACAAGAGACAUCGCUCCAAUGAUCAUGCCCCACCACAGGGCUACCCGAUUACAGAAAGAGCUCCUCUUGCAUACGAUCCCCGAGCAGCUUCGCAGAACAUANCCCCCUGCCCCUACGGUCUCCAACAACAAGCCUUGCUCCAAUCGCCUCAGACUUCCUUCGGCUCGCGCACUCCUACCGCACCUCCUGGCUGGUCCCAUACCCAGGUAUUUCACACUCCGCAAGCCUCCAUAUCUGCGCCAGUGAGGUUCCCAGAAGGCAGUAUUGAUACCGCACAGGGCAUCACCCCAAGUCCAGGAGCGGCAGGCUAUGGCUUGCAGCCUGCACCACCGAUGGGACACGAGUCUGUCCCUACUUUUCCCAGAAGGAGCACGGAUUCGUACCUUUCUAUGGCUCAACACUCGCAAACAAGCCCGAGCACACCAUACCAAGGUCCGGGUGCCGCAAUGUACAUUCCGACCAGUGGCAGCUUGCAAGGACCGUCUACUUACAGCACCGAACACGAUCCUGUGGCUAUGGCUAGACAGCACACACAAACUCAUUCGGUCGCAAGUCCUGCAUCGUCCACAAGAUCGGGCUUGAUCCAAGCAGCGCCCGCUUACUCGAUGCAGCCGCAGCCGUUGGCGCAACAAUCCUACGGUGCCUUGUCGGAUAACCAGCCGUUCGAGUACCAGCAGUAUCGACAGCCAGCUUACCAGCCUCUUCCUCCUCAGACACUUCUGCAGCAACCCUCAAGCAAUCCGAACCACGAGGUGGGAAGACACCCACAACAGCCGCUAGGCAAUCCUAUCGAUAUGCGUACCACGCAGCAACCGAGUCCGUACAUCCCACAAUCGCACCCUAGCCUUGCCAUUCGCCCGCAGCAGCCUGGACAGCCGUACGCUUCUACACAGCAACACCAGCAGUACCCAGCAGACCUCGGCAAUCCUUACCAGACCCCUGGAGGAGUGAACUACCCUACUACUCAGGCACCGGACCAGUCCAGGCCAUACUAG